AUGUCAUAUGCAAGUGGCAUGCAAGGAACCAUGGAUUCCGCAGACACAGAAGCAGCACCAGCGGAUACAACCGCGGCUUUGCCAGAUUAUCUCCUCGAUCCCAAUGCAGUAAUGAAAGAUCUCAAUGCAAAAUGGCGAUACAAUCAGCCACCAGACUACACAAACACAAGAAAAGUAUGGGCACAAACCAAAACCCAAAACCACACGGCUGCAUCCCUGCCCUCUCUCGUCGAAAACCUCGUCAAGAAUUGGGAAGUGGAAGCCUCCUUCAAACUUGACAUUUCCGAGUGGCGCACCAUCGAUCACCCAAAUUUCAACUUCUCCAUCAAUGGUUCUGCCCCCGUGACAGGCGAAUACAUGUUGAAAGUGGGCACUUAUAAUGCUAUUCUCACAGCCAAUGAAUAUUAUUCCCCCGAGAAAUCGGACUUUUCAAGUAGUCACAAGACGUUUAAAAGGAUGAUGCCGACUUUUGCAUGGGAGGUGUUGGAAGUAUAUAGUGGACCGCCAACUGUUAGUUUUAAAUGGAGACACUGGGGGGUAAUGAAAAAUGAUUAUGUAGGCAUUAAUGACAAAGGUGAAAAGGUGACCAUACCCGCACACAGCGGAGAAAUCGAUAUUCAGGGCAUCGCGGUAGCCAAAGUCGAUUCAGCAGUGCGUCUUCAAGCUGUAGAGAUCUUCUACGAUCCCCUCGAAAUGUUUCGACAGAUUGCAAAGAAAAGCAAUGUAAAGAAAACGAAAUUGUCUACUGAGAUUGAUGAGAAAAGACUGCAUCUACCUUCCUUAUCCUAUGUCUCGGCUUCUCGCUCUUAUGUCACUGUCGCAGACUCGCAAUAUGGUGGAAGAAAAGACCACCACAUCCCUGAUAAUUUUUUUCUUUUUAAAGAAGACUCCCGCAAGCCACUCCUCAUCGGUGGCGAUUGCUCUGCUAGUACAAGUAUCGGUCGUCUUGUCAAGUAA